CUACAACUUAGCAAUACUACUGUAGAGAUAUUGCAAAUUAUUCUUGAUGUCAUCGCCAUCUGGAAGCGAUGGCAGCUUGCAAUGGUUACUCUUAAAGGACAUAAAACCAGGAUUCUGCUCCGAGGGGCCGUAAAUUGGCACCUUGAGGCCAUUAUCUUGCUUAUUCUUCUUUCUAUCCCACUUUCUUUCCAUCACUAUCUCCCUUAUGUACCUUCCCCCUGGUCCGCCCCUCCCCUUGCCCAUCAUUGCUUACCCCGUCUCCCACUACCUUUCAUGCCUGACUGUUUUCUGUGCUUCCUCAUGCCAAGUGCCACACUGCAGGCUUACGUGGGUAUGCAUAUUGUCCAAAACCGCUUGUUCGUAUAUUUGAUGAGGGGCAUAUAGCUUGCGUGAUAAAUUGACAUGACAAUAAACGGACGGCCCUCUCGGGAAUGGGAGGUGAUACUGGAUCGUGCUGCUGAAGUGCGAGUCGCCUGUAG